AUAACAUCACGUUGGUGACAUACACGGUGUAUUACACGAGUGGGGGCUUCUUAAGAGAAUAAUACAUUUACAGCAUAUCAUGGUUGAGGAUUUGGCAUCACCGCAAAAAGAUGACCCACGAUCUUCAAAACCAAAAUUGAGGAUAACCCAUUCUGUUUGUUAAAGUCGACAUCAUUUUCAAAAUGGAUGCUGACGAUCUUCAAUCACUGGAGGAGCAAAACAUAGUCACGUGGCCAGCAAUCUUCUACGCGGGGAUAAUCCUUCCAUUUUCCGUGAUUGGAAACGCCGCCGUCAUCCUGGUGUUCUUCCUCAACUUCAAACCGAGCGCCACGAGAAGUUUCAUUCUUGCCAUAGGAUUCUUCUCCCUGGGUCUGGGCGCGGUGGCCCUUCCCGUGGAAAUCUACUCCCUCUUCCACAUGUACACGUUCCCCCACGACGCCCUGUGUAAGAGCUACGUGUUCGUGGAGAUAUUCUGUACGUUCGGCUCGGCGGCCGUCCUGCUGGUUGUGGCUAUCCACAGGUACAAGAAGAUCUGUCAGCCCUUCAAAGUGCAGAUGACUCUGACAAUGGCCAGGAUCCUGCGAGCCAUCGUCUGCGUCUUGGCUCUGGUUCUGGCUCUCCCCACGUUCAUACUGUACGGAACAAAAACGGUGGAAAUACCGGGGACGCGACUGCGAGGCAAAGCCUGCGGAAUCGAGAAUGACUUCAAGGGUUCUUUCUACAUCACCAUCUACCACUACAUGUUUCUCACCGUGUUCGUGGGUGGGGGAGUGACCAUAGCCGUCCUCUAUACUCUGGUCGCAAAGAAAGUCUUGCUGCUGCUUCGCUGCAAGUGUAAACGCGUCAUUUCUCACGACAACUACAACAACGUCAUCAGAGAGAUGAUGCAGACGGUAAAGAAGAGGACGGAGUCGCAGCGUAGCGACCAGUGGGCUCCCAAACGGACGUCCGGGCGGUCGGACGGCAGCAGGAGGCGGCGGUCGAUAGCGCAGUCUAAGAGAACGACGUCGAUGCUAGCGGUGACCACGUUGGUGAUCUUCGUCAGCUUUCUGCCCAGUCUGAUCAUCCGCACGACGGAGGAGUUCAACUUUGACCUCAUUUCCAACAUGUCGGUAACAGAACAGAUGGUCUAUCACGUGUUUCUCAGGUCCUACUAUUUCCACUGCGCCGCCAGUCCCAUCAUAUACGGAGCAUUCAAUGCCAAGUUUAGACACGAACUCAGGGCGUUGCUGCUGAAUAGACAUACUGGCGGAGACGUAAGUGUGUGACAACAAUAGUCGUUAGUUCAUCACAUGUAUUAACUGUUAGGGGUCCAUGUAUUAACUGUUAGGGGUCUAUCGUAGUUCAUGACAUAAUUAUAUGGAUUAUUGGACAUAUAUUGAUUAUUAGAGACAAACACGGAUUAUUGGUGGACCAUAAGAGUUCAUUACGAAUACGGAUUAUUGGUGGACCAUAAUAGUUUUAUUACGAAUACGGAUUAUUGGUGGACCAUAAGAGUUCAUUACGAAUACGGAUUAUUGGUGGAUUAUUGGUGGACCAUAAGAGUUCAUUACGAAUACGGAUUAUUGGUGGACCAUAAUAGUUUUAUUACGAAUACGGAUUACUGGUGGACCAUAAGAGUUCAUUACGAAUACGGAUUAUUGGUGGACCAUAAUAGUUUUAUUACGAAUACGGAUUACUGGUGGACCAUAAGAGUUCAUUACGAAUACGGAUUACUGGUGGACCAUAAGAGUUCAUUACGAAUACGGAUUAUUGGUGGACCAUAAGAGUUCAUUACGAAUACGGAUUAUUGGCGGACCAUAAGAGUUCAUUACGAAUACGGAUUAUUGGUGGACCAUAAGAGUUCAUUACGAAUACGGAUUACUGGUGGACCAUAAGAGUUCAUUACGAAUACAGAUUACUGGUGAACCAUAAGAGUUCAUUACGAAUACGGAUUACUGGUGAACCAUAAGAGUUUAUUACGAAUAGAGAUUACUGGUGGACCAUCAGAAGGUUUUUUAUAUAUUAAUAUGUGUGUAAACUAUUGGAUGGUCAUCGGAGUCAACUAUGAUCAAGCAUGUGUCGAGAACAUGGUUAUUCACACUUUAAAGUUUAAUGUCAAUACUUGUGGUCGUCGAAAGUGGUUAAGUCAUGUAGUAUGUGUGAUGUGAGUACGUGCAUGCAUGGGUGCGUGUGCAAGUGUGUCCAUACGUGUGGGCGUGCGAUCGUCUGGGAGGGUGUGUAACUGUGUGUACGUUUGUAUGUAGUGAUGUAUGAAUAUCUAUAUAUUGUAUAUAUGUCGAGGUUGACUGUUACAUACAUACAUAUUAACGCACUAGCGCAGGGGAUACUUAAAUCCUUUCUGGUCUCACAAAUUGCCCGUAUGGAUGUAUGGAUGUAUGUAUGGAUGGAUGUAUGGAUGCGUGGGUGGAUGGAUGUAUGGAUGUAUGGGACGUUGAUAACAUGUUUUCAAGUCAGUCGUAUUACAUGAAACAUUAUUCAGGAAACGUGGAUACAUUGUUCUCCUUUCCCAACCCUCUCUUGGUAUGAUAAUUUCUGAAUGACCCCAUCAGCAUUGUUACCAGGUAGAAAUAGGUCAACUCAUUGGCGGAUCCGUUUGAAGUGUCCUUUUUUUAAAAUUCAUUAUCCACAAUAUAUAAUACUAAACUGACUUGAAAACUGUCUGUCUGUGUCUCUCUCUCUCUCUCUCUCUCUCUCUCUCUCUCUCUCUCUCUCUCUCUCUCUCUCUCUCUCUCUCUCUCUCUCAUUAGGUAUCUAAAUAUAUACUAUAUUAUCGUGUUGGACAUUUUAGCGACUUCUAAGUCUUUACUUACAUAUUGGUGUUUCGCAAAUGUGUAAACUGCCGUGAUCAUAAUUUUUAAAUCGCUGUACAUUUGUUUUUUCAAAUAUAUAUACUUAUCUUUUUUAUAUUAUGUAUCAGUAAAAAAUACAUUUUCUAUUUUGUAACUAUUACGUUUCUGUAUUUUUGUUUCAAAGCAGACUAUGUUAAAGUUACAUGAAGUGUUAGUGAAUGAACUAGCAUUGUAAAGGUGCCCAAUGGCCGGCCGGAUUCAAUGGUGUUACAGUUAAAGUUACAUUGUCAAUUACCAUAUUAUAACAUCAUGUACAAAUGUGAAAUACAAGCUCAAAUGCACUUUUAAAAAAGUCGUGUGUUUUCGCUAUGCACGGAUAUUGUCAAACGUAUACGCUCGAUUCGUCGCCUGUGCCACCAUAGCUCGGCAAACCACAAACGACAGCCUGUUGUCAGUUUCAGUUAACACGUGCGUU